AUGGAGUGGGAGCUCAACUUUCUGCUCUACCUGGCGCUCUUCUUCUUUCUGCUCUUCUUACUUUUCCUGCUGCUCUUCGUAGUCAUCAAGCAGCUGAAGAACUCCGUGGCCAGCACUGCCGGGGCGCUCCAGCCCGGGCGCCUCUCGCUGCACCGGGAGCCUUGGGGCUUCUCCCACGACCAAGGGGUGUGACCGGCGCCGCGCGGACACUGGCAGGAGGGCAUGGAGCUGUGCGGGCACCGGGCUGGGUCUCGGCCUCGAUUCUCUGGCCGCCCGGGUUCGAGGG